CCCGACUGGAAUGCGCUGGGUGACUGCCCAGGGACCUGUUGCAGUGCUGUGCCAGCCUCUGCUUUUGCCGGACUUUCUGCCACCAUGAAGGCUGCUGGGGGCUGAGCAGGAUGCUUGCUGGCCAACGUUCAACUGCGUGCCCCCACGAUCAGAGUCCGUCUUCCUGUGUUGUAGCUUGUAGACCCUGAUGCUUGCGCAGCCUGCCGUAAACGUGAGGAUCCAGACUCUGUCUUGUCUACUGAGGCUGUUCCUAGGGACAGGCCCUGGGAACAGGGGCUGAGACCAGGCUAAAAAGAACAAACCAGAUGCUGGUGGAACAGCAGACCUGGAGACCCUGCUGCCCAGCUUGGCUUCCACUUCACGGAUGCUGUCUUGUCAUCUGCCAUGUAACUGAGCAAGAGUCUGGCCUGAAGAAAAGAACCCAAGAAAUGAAGGGCCUCCUCACACUGGCUUGGUUCCUGGCUUGCAGUGUGCCUGCAGUUCCAGGGGGCUUGCUAGAACUGAAGUCCAUGAUUGAGAAGGUGACUGGGAAGAAUGCCGUUAAGAACUAUGGCUUCUAUGGUUGCUACUGUGGCUGGGGCGGCAGCGGAACCCCCAAGGAUGGCACUGAUUGGUGCUGUCAGAUGCAUGACCGUUGUUAUGGGCAACUGGAAGAAAAAGACUGUGCCAUCCGGACCCAGUCCUAUGACUACAGAUUCACACGGGGCCUAGUCAUCUGUGAACACGGCUCCUUCUGUCCAGUGAGACUCUGUGCCUGUGACCGGAAGCUGGUCUACUGCCUGCGGAGAAACCUCUGGAGUUACAACCCCCUUUACCAGUAUUACCCCAACUUCCUCUGCUAAUGUCGUCCUCUGUGGGCUCUGCCCUGGGGGUGCCUCCCACAGUGGCGGCCCUCCUCUGCCAUAUUCCUGACGCAUCCCCACUCCCCCAAGGUCUUGGAUCUGUCUUCCUCUGUGCACCACUGGGCUGGACAGAGUCCCAAGGCUACACUUUUCCCUCCAGAGUCCUAGAGAGGGACUCUGAUCUAGAGUGGGCAGGCUCUCAGGAUGGCUGAGCCUGCACUUGCUAAGUUGGCUCUGGGCCCUGGAGCUCCCACAGCUCCAGGCCAAAGCAGUGUUGAGUUUUCUUUCAAUUCCUGGAACCCAACUGUCAUUAACACCCUCCAGAGACCUUUUACUCGAGGAGAAGCCAAAUUAACUCUAUAAAUCUGCUAUGUAGAUAUUAAAUAAAACCCAUUCUCAAGGCGAGAAAAAUAUCACCCCAGCACUUCCUCUGACGGGGCUGAGGUGGGAUUCUCCAGGCUUUUCUAACCCCUGAGGCAUCUGUAUGCACCCAGGGAUGGAGGUCAGGAAACAAGAGGGAGCCUUAGAUGUCUCUCAUGGUUUGUCUUGAGUUUAUUUUCUUAAACCUUAGGAUCUUUCAAGCCAGACCUGGGGGCUCAGGCUUCUUCUAGAGGAAGAUGAGACACAGCCCUAUGCCACAUUGAGCUCCUGGGUAACAAUCAUCUCCCAGUCCUGGCUGCUACAGCUGUGUGUUCUUGAACCUCUGGAUAGUCUGAAUCUCUCUGCCUCUCCUCAAAAUAUAAAACAAGACUCCUUCGAGGAGCAUACUGAUGCACACUGCUAAUCCCAGAACCUAGGAAGUGGAGGCAAGAGAAUCAGGAGUUCAAGGCCAGCAUCUGCAUCCUAGCAGGGAUGAUAGCCUAGACUACAUGAGACUGUGUCUCAGAAAGGACCAAUUAACUAAUUGAAAUGAGGCUCUCAGUGCACACCUGGUGCAGAUACAGGGAUGCUGGGGUUCUGAGAUGCCACUCAAUGCAGAAAGUGGUUAAAAUAAGAUUCAGGAGGCAGUACAGAUCAAUGGCAGAAUGAUUGUCUAUUUUUCACUGAGUUAAGGGCACUGAAAACCUCAACUCAUCUAUCGCUUUAUAAAACAAUAGAGCUUUCUCAUAGCAACCUGACGGGAAGAAGAGAUGUCCUCAACAAUACAGGAGCGUCCUUCCCGAGGAAGGGUCUAGGCUUCUUCACAGGCAACUCCAGAGUAUGCACAGAACACAUGAGGUCUAUAUUUAGAGACCUUUAGUGUUCAAACAUUUUCUAAAUAAAGCUAAUUAUAUGAGAUUGCCCCGAA